AUGGCGCCUACAGUCCACUCUGCCAAGAUAACUCUCUCAUGUCCGCUCUUCUCCGCUGAAUUUGAUCCACGUAACAAUGGUCGUUUGUUUGUUGGCGGCGGAGGCGGCGAAGGCCGCAGCGGAGUUGGAAACAAAAUCUCGCUGUUAGAUACGUCACGUCGAGAUGAGAUCACGGAGGCUGUUGAGCUGAGCUUGUCGCGCGACGAGGACUCGGUGACGUCGUUGGCCGCGGCGCCGCAGGCUGGCGAUGAUGAACAUUCACUGGUCGUUCUUGCUGGAAUCAACAGCUCAGUUGUGGAACAGAAGAAGAACAAUAACCAGCACAUGCGCUCAUUUCGAUUCGACGCGCCGCAGAAAAUACGCCCUACGUCGACCGAGGUGGGGGAGGAGGGGGACGAGACCGAGAAUAAGGAGCAGCCGAAGGAGGAAGUGAUUCCUGGAAAAACAGAGUCAUUAUCUCGUGCAUCGCUGUUUCGCUUUAAGAGCGGGGCUGAUGCUGGCGAUUGCUAUCAACGCGUGCUGAGGCUGUCGCCCUGGAGGAAACCCAAGACCGAUGGCGACAAGAGCAGCAGCGAACCCAGAGUCGGUGCGAUUACAACUGGACUUGCAAAAUCGGGCGAGAUUGUCUUCUUUAGCGUGACGGACUCCCCUACAGAGUCGGAUGUCAUCGGCCGUAUUCGUCUCGGUGCCAAUGAGGAAGCAGAGGACGUGGAUUUUGCCAGUCUUGAAUUCGAUCCCGACCAGACGACCGAUGCUCGUGGCCGGUUCCGUGUAGCAUAUACCAAUGGGAUCGAUGUCAUGGUUGGUGAGGUCUCGUCUUCCACACGUUCCAAUGCUGCUCCGGAUGUUCGCUGCGUCUAUACUAUCCCUCUGUCCAGCAGUGGCACUCGUCCGAAGUUCCGUGCUGUGCGCUUCCUCUCCCCUACUGCCAUUCUCCUCCUGCAGAAUGCCCCGAACCGCAGCGGAAGUGAGCUGGUUCUCCUCAAGCUGCCGAAGACCAAAGAUGCGCAAGCAAAGAUCCUCCGUCGCCGCAAGCUUCCUCGAACCGUGAAAAUUGGCCUCGGCCUCGAUGUUUGUGCACUUGGUACCAAUCCGGUUGGUCAACAACAGACUAUCAUCGCCGCCAGUGGCAGUGAUAACUCCAUCAAUCUGUGGACGAUUGAAUAUGGUCCCAACCGCGGCUACGAAAACAUCAAGUCCUACACAACACUUCGCGAUGUACAUCCUUUCUCUAUGACAAGACUGUGCUUCUCAACAUUCAUCGCCCCCGCGCAUCCCAUCACUCCAGAUGUGCCUCCACAAAGGGUCAAACUCGCCUCUGUCAGCAUGGGCAACACAGUCGUCGUCCAUACUCUCCCACUCUCUCCAUUCCCACCUUCCUCGCGCUAUCCCCGCUACACCCUAUCUCUCCCCGGUCCCUCCGAAACCUGGGAACUCCUCACCUAUGUCAUUGUUUGCAUCCUAUCGUUCUGCGCAAUCAUCUUUGCUAUGCUCAUCUAUAUGGAAAUCCGCGGUGCAACUCCUCCCUAUUUCGGUGCCACCCAGUGGCUAUCUGAUGGGAUCCGCGAAUCCUGGGCCUCCGAAUACAUUGCUCCAGAACAGGGCAGGGGAUCCUACUUGGACUAUCUUCUCUCUCCAUCCCGUGGUCAGAGCGAUGACCCUCUCGAGAAGACCCAUUUCCUUCCAACCCCUAACGCAGAUGUCACUGUCGAUGACGACGUUCUGGAGAGUCUAAAGCAGAUCCUCGACCGCGUUCACAGUGCCGGCGCUGCACCCGCCGAUCUGGAGACUCAGGUCCCACAUUCUCUAUCUGUGAUUGUGCGCUGUAACGACCACGGGAAUGCCGAAAAGAGUGUCCUUAUUGAGACAUACUCGUCUGCUCACCACCAUCAGCUUACUGAAGCCGAGCGCCUGCGUACCUAUGAGGAUAUGAGUGGUUCGGAUCAAGCUGUGUGGAAACAGCGACUUACUGAUGCUGGACGCUGGACUGCUAGUGAGGGCGAGAGCGUGUUGAAGGGUGUGUUGUUCAGCGAGGCCUGUGGUCAGUUGAGGCAGUUUGUAGCGAACGGACUGCCUUGA